AGCGGCUCACAAGCGAAGUUCAGCGCCACUCAAAACAUGGCGGCCUCCACGAACUCCACGUUGUUGGACGACCUAAGCAAGAAGCCUGAUGCGCUGCAAGAAGAGUUUGGCAACGAUGGAGAAGUCCGCCAGCCACUUCGCAAGGGUCGUGUUGACUCGUUUCGUCACAAGAAGUUGCUGGACGCUAUUGGUUCCCUGGGAGGCAAAAAUAAGGUGACUACACGGACUGAACCAAGCCUCACAGUCUCCGAGUAUGACCUUUCAAAAGCCUCGGUGGAGAAGGUGGCCGUGCACCAGCUGCUCAUGAACCUCAAGAAGACUGACGCACAUAGGCAGAUCAAAAAGAAAGUGCGCUCCAUUGUACGCAAUGCCAAGGUGCUGGCCGAACCCUUGCCCCGACCUCAACAACAGAGGGCGCAGCGUCAGGUUGCAUAUGAAAAGGUCGGCGAGGAAGUCACUGUGUGGGAGCCCGUGGUCAGACAGAACCGUGUGGCCCAACAGCUGCGCUUUCCACUCAAGCAGCCUGACAUGAGGAUGGAGUCUGCUGCUAAAUUUACUCAGCGCUUCGAGCCAAAGACUGACCUUGAACGAGAAAUAAACAAGAUCUUGAAAGUCAGUGAAAAUGUCACGGCACCAGGAGCCGAACUGACGCCAGCUGAAGAGAAAGCCCUCAAGGCCAUGAGCUUGGAAGAAGCUAAGGAGAGACUGGCUGAGCUCAAAAAGAUGAGGGCUCUGAUGUCCUAUCAGGAGAUGAAAGCUCGAAGGCAGGGCAAGAUCAAAAGCAAGAAGUAUCAUCGUAUCCUGAAGAAAGAGCGUCUAAGGAAAGAAAUGAAAGAGUUCGAAGAGCUCAAGGAGAAGGACCCUGAGCUUGCCAUCGAGAAGUUGAAAGAACUCGAAAAGCAGCGAAUCUUGGAAAGAGUGUCGUUGAGGCAUAAAGGCACAGGCAAAUGGGCCAAGCAGCAAAUGCUCAGGACGAAGUACAACCAGGAGAGUCGAGAAGCACUACUGAAGCAGUUGGAGCUAAGUCGGCAACUGACACAGAAACCCCUAGUUGAAUCAUCUGAUGACGAGGAUGCAAUGGAUUCUGCUGCUGCUGCUAGAGAAGUUGCGGCCACACAUACUGGAGAGCUAGAAGCGAGCUUCUUCAGCUCGGCUAACCCGUGGCUAAAGAACCCAAGUGGAGCACGGCCAAGCACAGAAAUAUCCAAUGGCGAAGUUGCUGAAGACGUUGAAAGUGAAAAGGAUGCUGAUGCUGUCUUGGCUGACAGCAGUGAAGAAGGUGGCGAUAAAAACAGUGACGAGGGGCAGGCGGAGCAGGCAGACAGCAUGACAAAUGGGCAAGAAUGCUUAACCACUGAGAAAGCAGCCGUUGAAGCCGAAGCAGCAAGUUGCAUGACCAACGAAAAGGAAGAAAAAAGCGUAUCAUCCUCAAAGCCGAAACGCGGUGGCCAAGCGAAGCAAGGCUCAGUCAAGAAAGGCGCAAAAAGGAAGCUAGCUUCAGUAACGAAGAGCGGAGGCAAUGUCAGUGCACAGCCUUUGAAGCCGCCCUUAGAAGAACAAGAGGUCGUUAGCAUUGACCGGGUGUUUGAUUCUCUUAAUGAAGGUGCUACGAAGAGGAGGAAGAAGAUGAAGCCAGGCCAGAAGAAGAGGAGGAACGAGAUCAAUAAGUUCACUGUGACAUCUAAUGAGAGAAAGGAGGCUAGCAAGGAAGGUAACAACAAUCCUAACAGAACAAUGGAAGACCCCGAAAUCACUGAAAGCGAAGCUCGGCUCGACGAGACAUUGGAAAGGAAGCAGACUCUGAAAGACCUCGAAAGCUUUAGCCAAGAGAAAACGCCAAAGCCGGCAGCAAAGCACUCCUCAGUCCCACAGCCGGCCCAUUCGGAAGCGAAACCGGACAAAGUAGAGGUCGACCCAACAAAGUUUCUCGAGGUGAAACAGCAAGUAUUGAAGUCCAGGGCUCCGGACCUGGGUGGAACUGCCGAAGAUGCCUUGGAUGAUGAGGAUAUUGAGAAGGAACAGGCCGUUACUAUUGCUGAAGCAUUCGCAGAUGAUGAUGUCAUCAGUGCUUUCAGGGAAGAGAAGAAAGCGCAGGUGAAGCAGGAUACACCGCAGGGCGUUGACCUCUUCUUGCCUGGCUGGGGAUCCUGGGGUGGUGGCGGCAUCAAGGUAGACCAGAAGAAGAGACGUAGGUUCUUCGUGAAGCCUCCCCCGGCACCUCCAAGGAAAGAUCAAACACUUGGCAACGUUAUCAUCAGUGAAGCCAAGGACGAAAAACUUGAGGCACACCAGGUUGACGCACUGCCAUUCCCGUUCAACAACGUCAGCCAGUUUGAGUCGGUGAUCAGCCACCCCGUAGGCAGCUUGUGGAACCCUGAGACAUCCUUCAGGGAACUGACCGCACCGAAAGUCAUUGCCAAAAUAGGACAAGUCAUCGACCCCAUAGACAGAGAUGCCCUGACGGUCAAGAAGAAAGAGAACAUUGUAGACAAGCUCCUGGAGCAGAAGAAGGCUGCGGCGAAGCAAAAGCAGCAGCCACAGCAACGGAGGAAGAAGAAAUGAAGAUAGGCACCGACAGGAAUGCAAGCAUGUUCACGCCUUCACGAGGAAUGAAGUGAACCUGUAUAAUAUGUACAUAUUAAAAUAAAUACACACUGCGGCAUGUACAAACA